AUGGUCUGUCUUAUCCAUUCAUCAGUCGCUAUAGGGGCCUCGAAGGAGGAGAUCUAUAAACAAGUCAUACAGCAGACAAAGGGACUGAUAGAAGGACAACGGCAUUGGGUACCGUUCAAACAGCCCUCUCCCUACUAUUUCACACUACUGACGUUGUUUAGCAACACUGCAAAUGUAGCCUCCCUCCUAUGGCAUGCCUACGCCAGUCUUCCGGCUCCUUCAUCUUCGGUAAACUGGGCAGGAUUCUAUAUCCGAGAAGAUAAAUUCCCCUCUUCCGUACCCGAGGCCUCUCGCUCCAAAACCAAACUUCUCCUAGGCCCUUUCCAGGGUAAACCAGCCUGCCAAUGGAUCAAUUUUGGCAGAGGUGUUUGCGGCACUGCGGCUGAAAGGAAAGAGACCGUGAUUGUACCUGAUGUGCUGAAUUGGGAAGGACAUAUUGCUUGUGAUGCGGAUAGUAGGAGUGAAAUUGUUGUUCCUAUUCUAGUAAAUGGAGAGACUGUUGCAAUCAUUGACAUAGAUUGUGCUGAACCCUCAGGGUUUGACGAAGUUGACAAGAAGGGGCUAGAGGAGCUUGCUGCCGUAUUGACGGAGAGCUGCGACUGGUGA